UUGAAAAAAAAUCUUUCGUUUAUCGAUCAUUCUUCUUUCUUUCUUUCUUUCUGUUAUCUUUCUUUCUUUUUACUUUCUUUCUUUCAUUCUUUCUUUCUUUUUUCUUUCUUUCUUGCUUUCUCAUCUAUCUCUUUCUUUCUUUCUUUCUUUCUUUUCUUUCUUUCUUUUUUCUUUCUUUCUUGCUUUCUCAUCUAUCUCUUUCUUUCUUUCUUUCUUUCUUUCUUUUUUCUUUCUUUCUUGCUUUCUCAGUAUGUUUGUGUGAUUUUUACUUUCUUUCUUUCUCAGUGUGUUUAUUUCUUUUCAGUCUAUCUCUUUUCUUUCUUUUUUUUCUUUUUUCUUUUUCUUUCUUUCUUUCUUUCUUUGUUUGUGUUUUUUUCUUUCUUUCUUUCUCAGUGUGUUUAUUUCUUUUUUGAUUCUUUCUCUUUCUUUCUUUCUUUCUUUGUUUUCUUAUUUCUUUCUUUUCUAUAUGUCUUUCUUUCUUUUUUCUUUUUUAUUUCUUUUCAGUUUCUUUCUUUUCUUUUUUCUCAUAUGUUUUAUUUCUUUCAGUCUUUCUCUUUCUUUCUUUCUUUUCUUUCUUUCUUUGUUUUCUUUUUUCUUUUCUUUUUCUUUCUUUCUUGCUUUCUCAUCUAUCUCUUUCUUUCUUUCUUUCUUUCUUUUUUCUUUCUUUCUUGCUUUCUCAUCUAUCUCUUUCUUUCUUUCUUUCUUUCUUUCUUUCUUUCUUUCUUUUUUCUUUCUUUCUUGCUUUCUCAGUAUGUUUGUGUGAUUUUUACUUUCUUUCUUUCUCAGUGUGUUUAUUUCUUUUCAGUCUAUCUCUUUCUUUCUUUCUUUCUUUUUUUUUUUUUCUUUUCUUUUCUUUCUUUAAAAAAAAUCUUUCUCAUGUGUGAAAUUUCUUUUCUUUCUCAGUCUGUUUCUUUCUUUUUUCUUUCUUUCUUUCUUUUUUCUUUCUUUCUUGCUUUCUCAUCUAUCUCUUUCUUUUUCUUUUUCUUUCUUUCUUUUUUCUUUUCUUUCUUCUUUCUCCAGUAUGUUUGUGUGAUUUUUAUCUUUUUCUUUUCUUUUCUCAGUGUGUUUAUUUCUUUUCAGUCUAUCUCUUUCUUUCUUUCUUUUAUCUUUCUUUCUUUUUUCUUUCUUUCUUUCUUGCUUGCUUUCUCAUCUAUCUCUUUCUUUCUUUUUUUCUUUCUUUCUUUUUUUUUUUCUUUUUCUUUCUUUCUUGCUUUCUCAUGUGUUUUAUUUCUUUUCUUUCUUUCUCUUUCUUUCUUUCUUUCUUUUCUUUUUUUCUUUUUCUUUCUUUCUUUCUUUCUCAUGUAUGUUUAUUUCUUUUUCUUUUCUAUCUCUUUCUUUCUUUUCUUUUUUUUUCUUUCUUUUUCUUUCUUUCUUUUUCUUUCUCAUCUAGUCUUUCUUUCUUUCUUUUUUUUUCUUUUUCUUUCUUUUUUCUUUCUUUUUUUUCAUUUUUAUUUCUUUUCUAUCUCUCUUUCUUUUUUUUUCUUUUUUUUUGAUUUUUCUUUCUUUCUUUCUCAGUCUUUUUUUCUUUCUUGUGAUUUUUCUUUGUCUAUUUCUUUCUUUCAGUCUUUUUUCUUUUUUUUUCUUUCUUUCUUUCUUCUUUCUCAGUAUUGUGUUUAUUUCUUUUUGAAUCUCUUUCUUUCUUUCUUUUUUUCUUUCUUUCUUUCUUUCUUUUUUCUUUUUUUUUCUUUCUUGCUUUCUCAUCUAUCUCUUUCUUUCUUUCUUUCUUUUUUUGGGUUUUUUCUUUCUUUCUCAGUAUAUUUGUGUAAUUUUACUUUCUUUCUUUCUCAGUUUUUUUUAUUUUUUUUUCUGUCUAUCUCUUUCUUUCUUUUUAACAAUUUCUUUCUUUUUUCUUUCUUUCUUGCUUUCUCAGUAUGUUUGUGUAAUUUUUUUUUCUUUCUUUCUCAGUCUAUUUAUUUCUUUUCUUUCUUUCUCUUUUUUCUUUCUUUUUUUCUUUCUUUCUUUUUUCUUUCGUUUGAUUUUUUUUUUUAUCAGUAUGUUUGUGUAGAUUUUUCUUUUCUUUCUUUCUCAGUGUGUUUUAUUUCUUUUCAGUCUAUCUCUUUCUUUCUUUCUUUCUUUUUUCUUUUUUUUUUUCUUUCUUGCUUUCUCAUCUAUCUCUUUCUUUCUUUCUUUUUUCUUUCUUUCUUUUUUCUUUUUUUCUUUUUGCUUUCUCAGUAUGUUUGUGUAUUUUUUUCUUUCUUUCUCAGUAUGUUUUUUUCUUUUCAGUCUAUUUUCUUUUUUUAUGAAUUUUUUCUUUCUUUUUUCUUUCUUUUUCUUUCUUUCUUUCUUUCUCAGUAUGUUUUGUGUGAUUUUCUUUUUUCUUUCUCAAUGUGUUUAUUUCUUUUUCUUUCUUUUUCUUUUCUUUCUUUUUUUUUUGUUUCUUUCUUGCUUUCUCAGUAUGUUUGUGUAAUUUUUACUUUCUUUCUUUCUCAGUGUGUUUAUUUCUUUUCAGUCUAUCUCUUUCUUUCUUUCUUUCUUUCUUUCUUUUUUUCUUUCUUUUUUC